AUGGUCAAGCACCGUAGUAUGCAUGUAAAGGGUACAAGCGGGGGAUCGCCACUAAGGAAAGAGCUCCAGGAUCACGUGAGAAAGCUUCCGGCUGAAUCAGCGAAGUGCGCCAACCUCACGAGCCCCGCGGUCAAGAUCCAACUCCAACCUCUCAGCAUCACCAAAGGUUGGACGCGGCCACGUCUCGCCAUCAUGUCUCAAUCACUGCGACCCUAUCUCCAAGCCGUCCGGAGCAGUCUGACAUCCGCCCUGACGCUCUCCAAUUUCGCUUCCCAGACCGCCGAACGUCACAAUGUCCCAGAGAUCGAGGCUCAAACAUCACCUGAAGUCCUCCUGACGCCCCUAACGAUUGCCCGAAACGAAAACGAGCGAGUUCUGAUCGAACCGAGUAUCAAUUCCGUGCGGAUAUCCAUCAAGAUCAAGCAGGCCGACGAGAUCGAGCACAUCCUCGUCCACAAGUUUACUCGUUUCCUGACGCAGAGAGCCGAAUCGUUCUUCAUCUUGAGAAGAAAGCCAAUUAAGGGAUACGACAUUUCAUUCUUGAUUACGAACUUCCACACCGAGGAGAUGCUGAAGCACAAGCUGGUCGACUUUAUUAUCCAAUUCAUGGAGGAGGUUGACAAGGAGAUUUCGGAAAUGAAGCUCUUCUUGAAUGCGAGAGCUAGAUUCGUUGCCGAAUCUUUCUUGACUCCCAAUCGUGUAGUUGGGACGAGAAUCUCGCACCACGUUGAAGUCAUGGACCAAAAUCAUGAGUUGGAGUUGGAUGUUGGCUCGAGCGCUCCCGGAAAACCGGGAUCCACUAUGGUUCCAACCUUGAUAUUGGUCCGCAAAUCCGGGGCCGAGUGGGAACGACGACAUGGAGCCUCCAUUUUGAUAAACAAUUACAGUUAUGAACACAACUUUCUCUCCAAAUCAAGUGUUGCAUAUCAGAUACAACGAGGUCGAAGCCAUUCUGCGGCGAGAAACAGCUGA